AGUGACAUUUUGUCGCAUUUAAUUAUAAUAAUUAUCACCCAAUUAUGUAGUCUUAUCACCUUUCUUCAUAUUUCAAUCAAAUCUUAACCAUUAAAAAAAGAGUAUUGGCUAUUCAGCUUGGGGUUGAUUAUCCAGUUAUCACACGUUCAAUAAUCAUAAAACAUUUUGUUACCCAAAUUUCAGUCAAAAAUAAGCUAAAUUAAAAUUUAAUUUAUAAUCUUUUUUCAGCGCCUGGAUUUCUUGCAGAGAACAGCAGUAGUAGUUCAUCUGAACCAGAUGGCUACGAAAUGCUGGCUGUUGAGAGUGAGAUAGUGAGUGAGGAGUCAAAUUUGACUUCGGAUGAGGAUGACGCUAGUGAUAGCGACGAUAUGGAAGAACUGAGUGCAGAAAUAGAGCAUUCUGAUUCUUCUACAAGUGAUGAUGAAGAUGAUGAGAUUUUGGAUAGAGAUGACUUGGUUGAGUUGAGGGCUGAAAUAGAGCCAGAAGAGUCAUCUUCAACUGAUGAAGAUGUUGCUAUAGUGAAUAGCGAGAAAAUGGUGGAAUUGCAGGCUGAUAUUGAGCCUGAAGAGUCAGAAAUGAUUCUUGAGAAAGAGAUUGUUGCUACGACUGGUAGUGACAAAAGUGGCCAUUAUUACUUCGAGAUUGAUUCGAGGGAAAAGAUAAUUCUGGCCAAGGCUAAUAAAGUAAAGGAGUCACUGGACAUUGUUGUCGGAUUAAAGAGGUGUGGAGAUAUUUCUCUUUUGACAAAAAAUCUGGAGGAAAAAUUAGCCCAAAACCCAGAUUUUGCGGAGAAAAGAGAAUUGGCAAGAAAAAGAGAGAAGAAAAGCUUCUGCAAUCUUGUGAGACGCCUAUUUUCUGGGUGUUUCUAAUGGAAGUAAUUCUUUGUGUGACUUGAUCUGCAACUGUGACUCUCAACUAAGACUUCGUUGCCCAAUUGUGUGAAUAUUAAAAUGGACAAUCCACAAUUGUGUGACUUAAAAUGGACAAUGCACAAUUGUGUGACUCAUAAUGGACUAUGCACAAUCGUGUGAUUUAUAAUGGACUAUACACAAUUGUGUGACAUAAAAUGGACUAUGCACAAUUGCGUAAAUUAUAAUGGACUAUGCACAUUUGUGUUACUUAUAAUGAACUAUGCACAAUCGUGUGACUUAUAAUGGACUAUGCACAAUUGUGUGACUUAUUAUGGACAAUGCACAAUUGUGUGACUUAAAAUGGACAAUGCACUAUAGUGCGACUUUUUAAAUACACAUUUUAUGCUAGUGUGAAUUUUCCUGACUGUGACGAUAUUUCCCUAAUGUGUGACUGCUAAACUAAAUAUCGCUUGGCUUAAGACUACAAACUGGACGAACCGGGCAUUCUUUAUUUAUUAAUACUGAAUGUAUACCUGUAAAAUUAACACAGAGUGCAAUAAAUGGAACCUGUUUAAA